GUCAGUUGGGGCUGAAGAUGUCGUGGUGAGUGACAACGCAUGCGCGUGUGUGCGAGUGAGUGAGUUUCACUCAUAUCAGCAGCAUCAGCACAACUGACAAGUCAGUUUGUAGUGCAGUGUUGUGCUGUAGCCGCUGCCGCUCUGCCGUAGCGAGUGUUCUGAAUGGGUGUGUCUCAGCACAACGCACAACACACAACACAGCAGAACAACACUACUCGUCAGUGAGUGUCGUCGAAACUGUUUCAGCCAUAUUUCCUUCUCGCAAAUGCCCCGACGUGAAUAGCGUAGGCAACCGAGAAAUACAUACUCCAGCAUAUGGAUCCCACACAACAUACUCCAGGCUUCGGAAAUGGAUCGGAAAGUGAGAGCACAGGCACAAAGCCUUUGUCGACUGCGUGGCAGACAGCGCUCAGUGCCACAGCGAUGAGUGUGGCUGCUGCAGCCGCAGCCACAGCUGCAACCAACCAGACCGCCGCGACGCCGGUCGCUGCCCGCAGGCCGGUGCGGCGUGCCACUAAGCCGCAAGCUGAUCGGCCGCAGCGGGCAUUGCUCUGUCUCACACUCAAAAAUCCGCUGCGAAAACUCUGCAUAGACGUUGUCGAAUGGAAGUAUCCUUUUCAAAUAAUCAAUUGAUAGUAACUAAUACAACUUUGGAUCAAAAUUUGGAUAAAUUAUUUGUUCCAAUCAUUAAAUUGGAAUUCAUUGAUUAAUAGCAAUGAGAAAAUCAUAAUUGAUUUUCUGAAAAGUAUGUGGGAGUUUUCGGUGAUCUCAUGUGUUUAUUGAAUUCAACCAACCAUGGAAUGAAAUCUAUCAAAUACUACUUUUCUUUUCAAUCACAACAAUUUGAAUCAAUGAGAAAAUCAUAAUUGAUUUUCUGAAAAGUAUGUGGGAGUUUUCGGUGAUCUCAUGUGUUUAUUGAAUUCAACCAACCAUGGAAUGAAAUCUAUCAAAUACUACUUUUCUUUUCAAUCACAACAAUUUGAAUCAAGGAACUACAGGUAUCUUUUUGUUGGUUCUGAUAAAUGUUCGUAGAGUUCAUCAAGAAAUUGCUAUUCCUGGAUAGAAUUCUUGUGAAAGUCCAGAAACUUUAUACAGUGUAAAUUAUCCAGCCAUUAUUAUAACUUCAAAUUAUUAUAAUAACAAAUCUUUAUAGGCCUGGAUUUUGAAUUUAUAGUCUCGGAGGCUGAUAUGUGAGUUUGAAAAACAUCAAGCAGGUUUGCUGUCGUAGAAAACUACAAUUGCACAAGUUGCACAAGAAUACAGUUGAAUUCAAGCGCCGUGAAAUCACGUCUCUACAUUAGCAUCAAAUUCUUUAAUUGCUUCCCGUUACAUUGGCUCCAUUACAAUCGAUGACAUAUUUUUUAGGCGGUUAAAUGUGAUUGGAUUCACGUGCAACUUGCCGUUUCUCUCUUUAUACACUCUAAUCUUUCUUUUCUGGAUAUGACGCCGUAUGGCUUGUUCUUGGAUAAGAAAUGUGAUGAAUCUGGAAGAUAAAUGGUUUUGAAUUACCUUAAAAUGAUUUUGGAGUUUGCAACUGUCCAGUAUUGGUAGCAAUAACCACCAUAGACUGCUCUAGACAAUUAUUUGUCUAUU